CAUGUACAUUUGUUUUGUUCUUAGAUUGAAGACUAAGCCUUGAUCUAUGUUCCACCUGCUUCCAGCUGCCUGCCACGAAUUCACAAUCACAUGACCCUGGAUAUGGACAUCGUCCUUUCGGAUUUUGUUCGCUCAACAGGGGCAGAGCCAGGACUGGCCAGAGACUUACUUGAAGGUAAAAACUGGGACAUGAAUGCGGCGCUGAGCGACUUUGAACAGCUGAGGCAAGUGCACGCAGGGAACCUGCCGCAUUCCUUUAACGAAGGGCGCAGCUCCAAACCCCUGGAGAAGGAGGCCGCUCGGCCCAUGCGGCCACCGCUCCAGCGCCAGGAUGACAUUGUGCAAGAGAAACGCCUGUCCCGGGGGAUUUCUCACGCCAGCUCCACCAUUGUCUCCUUGGCCCGCUCCCACGUCUCCAGCAAUGGCAGCAGCGAACACCUGCUGGAGAUGCCCAUUUGCACUUUCCAGUUACCGGACCUCACCAUCUACAACGAGGAAUUUCGAAGCUUCAUUGAGCGCGAUCUCAUUGAGCAGUCGAUGCUGGCAGCAUUGGAGCAGGCUGGUCGCCUGAACUGGUGGGUGAAUGUUGACCCCAGCUGCCAACGGCUACUUCCCCUGGCCACUACAGGGGAUGGGAACUGCCUGCUUCAUGCUGCCUCGCUAGGCAUGUGGGGUUUCCACGAUCGGGAUCUCAUGCUUCGCAAAUCCCUUUAUACCUUAAUGGACAAAGGUGUGGAAAGGGAAGCCCUGAAGCGGCGGUGGCGAUGGCAGCAAACACAGCAGAACAAGGAGUCUGGUCUUGUUUACACAGAAGAGGAGUGGCAGAAGGAAUGGAAUGAGCUAAUCAAGCUUGCAUCAAGCGAGCCCCGUAUGCACUAUGGUACAAACGGAAGCAACUGUGGCGGUGUUGAAAGCUCUGAGGAGCCGGUGUAUGAGAGCCUGGAGGAGUUUCACGUCUUUGUCCUUGCUCACGUGCUGAAGAGGCCCAUUGUAGUAGUGGCAGACACGAUGCUGCGAGACUCAGGGGGAGAAGCAUUUGCUCCAAUCCCUUUCGGUGGCAUCUACCUGCCCCUAGAAGUUCCUGCCAACAGAUGUCAUCGAUCACCACUGGUACUGGCUUAUGAUCAGGCCCAUUUUUCUGCACUGGUGUCCAUGGAGCAGAAGGAACCCUCAAAAGACCAAGCUGUGAUCCCACUGACAGACUCUGAACACAAGCUGCUGCCCGUGCACUUUGCUGUAGAUCCAGGGAAGGACUGGGAAUGGGGCAAAGAUGACAACGACAACGUCAAACUGGCAAGUGUGGCGUUGUCAUUGGAAGCUAAGCUCCACCUGCUGCACAGCUACAUGAAUGUGAAGUGGAUCACCCUGUCCUGCGAAAUGCAGGCACCCCUUGCCCAGCCCGAAUCCCCCACAGCCUCUGCCGGCGACGAUGCCCGCUCUGCCCCAGAGUCAGGCGAGUCAGACAAAGAGUCGGUGUGCAGCAGCUCCACGAGCAAUGGGGGCAGCAAGGGCAGCAAGGACAAGGAGAAAGAGAAGCCUAAGAAAGAGCGGGACAAGGAGAAGGACAAGAAGCGGGCGGACUCAGUGGCCAAUAAACUCGGCAGCUUCGGCAAGACCUUGGGCAGCAAGCUCAAGAAGAACAUGGGCGGCCUGAUGCAUGGCAAAGCCAUCAAAGGUGGAGUGAGCAACGGGCAGGGCGAUACCUUGGAGAAGAAGAAGAAAGGCUCUUUGAAGUCGCGGAAGGGCAGCAAGGAGGAGUCCUCCCAAGGGGACUUGUCAGCACCUGUCGAGAAGACCUGUCCGGGGAAAGCAGCCAGUGAGAAACAGACAGAUGCCUACAAAUACAGUCAGGAGGUCAAGCUGAGCCUGAACAUCCUGCGGGCUGCCAUGCAAGGUGAGCGCAAGUUCAUCUUUGCCGGCCACCUCAAGACCAGCCACCGGCACCAAUACCAGGAGGAGAUGAUCCAGAGGUACCUUCUGGAUGCUGAGGAACGGUUCACGGCAGAGCAAAAGCAAAAGGAGGCAGAGAAGAAGGCACUCUGCAGCAACGGGGCCUCCAAAAAGAUGGAGCCUGAAGGGGCAAAUCCUCACAAGGGGGAGGACGUGAUACUGAACCCAGCCUACUCCCAGCUGCCCCCUACAUACAGCCUCCAGGCCCCGGAGCUGGCCAUGGGGGGAACCAGAAUGACAGUGUUUCCUUCCAGCUACUCUGGGGUCUUCACCAUUCCCAGGCCCUCUGUGGUGAGCAGUGCAGACAGCUCCCACCCACCCAGCUAUCAAGACGCCAGAAGGCAGGUAGCAGGGGGGUCCUGCAGCAGCCUCCCUGCGUAUGCGACCUUACCCAGACAUUGCACUCAGGGGCGGCCUCACCCAUACCAAACCAGCCCUUCCCACCUGGGGAGGGUCUCCCCUACCGAGAUGGACAUACCCCUCAAUUACCCCGUCGAGUGCGACAGCCCUCCCUCCGGUGCCCCCCACAGCAAUGGCUACAGGGAAUACGUAGAGCAGGAUAGCUUGCAGAAGGGAGCAGCUACGGACAGAAGCAGAGGCCGCGGGCUUUAUGGUGUUCAACAGACCAAAUGCAAGCAACCAAACUGCAGUUUUUAUGGGCAUCCGGAAACCGGGAAUUUCUGCUCCUGCUGUUACCGAGAGGAGCUGAAACGCAAAGAAAGGGAACGAGAAGCACUAAUACACCGGUUCUGAGGGGUUGGCCUCACGUUCACGUCUUGGACCCAUGAAGUAUGGGGAAUGCAAUAAUAAUUCUUUCCAUGCUCCUCUUUCUUCCUCCCUCUUGACUGGACGGGGGGUGGGAGGGGAGCGGCAAAUGUGAUUGUGCUAUUGUGUGUAUAGUGGCAGUCCAUUUGAAAAGGAGGUGGGGUGAAAAAAAAAAGACAACCCUUCCUUCCCAGGAGACUGAAAGAGCAAGAGAGAUGCUAUCAAACAGGCUGCUUCUGGUGAUGGGGAGCUAAGAUAGCCAGCCCCUGUAGGGCUCCCCCUGUGGGGAGAGACGCCAGGUUCACCUGAUCAAAUAAACCAGACCAAAGCUUUCGAGUUAAGGCACGUGGAGAGUGAUCCUGCCUGGGGUCCUAUUCUGCUGGAUUCCAACUUAACCUAAUUUAAAACAGCUUUGUUUUUUUUUCCUUUUUCUUUCUUCUCCAGCAGAGUUAGCAAAAAAAAC